AUGUCUCUUUUGCGCAACUUGCUUGUUGGCCAGGUUGACAUGCAGUCUGUGACAAAUGGAUCUGUGGGUCAAUUCCAAGCAUAUCAGACAGUAACCAUGCGAACACGUCUUUGUUGUUCUGGAGGAAGGUGGUCAGCUCCACCUGCUCUUCUGUGCUUAGGAGCGAGCUGGUCCGCUCUUUUCGGGCAUCCAUCCUUAUUCAAGAGAGACAUCCGGAAGGAUUCCUUCGGAGAGACUUCGUCAAUGAUCAUAAAGGUUUGCGAGCUAAUCACCAGUGGCAAUCUGAAUGUUGAUGACAAGGGCAUCAUUGUGCGGCAUAUCAAGGUCGAUCAAGUCUUUCCUCUAGAAGUGAGUCACGAGAUCAUCUUCAAUUGA